GCCGCUCUUGUUCACCAUCCACUACCUUCCCGGUCUUUCAUCAUUUCUAGGCUCGUUCGAAUACCUCGCUUUUUUCUCAGCUCAGACCUUAUGGCAUCGUCUGCAGCUUCAUCUGCAUCUUCACUGUCGAAUGCCAUACCCACCCUGCCACCGGCCCGCGAAAUCCCAUCCACAUUUGCUGCAAGUGUGAAGAGCUGGUGGUCCGCUGGGGAUAAGGAAGGUGCUGCGAGUGAGGAACGACUACUCAGGAAACUCCCAUAUUUCCGGCCUGCGGGCUCGCCGACUACGUCUCCCGAUGGUGCUUCGCCGGUUGUGGCUCGUAGUUCCCGGAUAGACUUGUCCGAUCCCAAGAAGUACAUCAAUACCUUCGCAAUAGAAUCAACGACCCCAUCACCCCAGGCUCCACCGCCUGCAAUUGUUCUUCAUGGUUACGGUGCUGGCCUCGGUUUCUUUUUCCAGAACUUUCCAGCACUUGGUCGUUGGGCUGGCAGUCGUGGAACAUCGCUAUACGCUUUAGAUUGGUUGGGCAUGGGCCGUUCUGCACGAAUACCCUUUCGCGUGAAGGCAAAACGCGAUAAUAUUUCAGGCCGAGUAACAGAAGCAGAAUCGUUCUUUAUUGAUUCAUUAGAAGAAUGGCGGGAGAAGAUGGGCCUAGAAAAGAUGACACUCAUCGGACACUCAUUAGGUGGUUAUCUAAGUAUUGCUUAUGCCCUGAAAUAUCCCACGCGUGUAUCCAAGCUUAUCCUGCUCUCCCCGGCUGGCGUACCUCGGGAUCCCAAUACAACGACAGAAUACUCCCGCGAAGUCGCCGAUGACCCAGUCUCCGGCGCGUCGGAUGCUGACCAUGCCGAAGUUGCGUCGAUGAAAUCCGUGGAGUCCAUGCGAGCAGGGCAACGUGCGGAAAAGCGGAAGGAAAGUCGGUCCAGGAGGUUUUUCACAUACCUUUGGGAAGAGGGAUUCAGUCCAUUUCAGGUUGUUCGAUCUUCGACGUUCCUGAGUCCCUGGCUCGUUGGGAAGUACUCCAGUCGGCGGUUCAUUGGGUUGGGAGCAGAUGAUACAAAGGCCAUGCAUGAGUAUAUCCUGAACAUCACACUUGCGAAAGGUUCCGGAGAGUACUGCAUAUCUCACCUAUUGGCUCCUGGUGCCCAUGCACAUCUACCGAUGGUAGACCGUAUAGCCGCUUUGAAGAUCCCAGUCACAUUUAUCUAUGGAGAUAGUGAUUGGAUGGACCCUGAAGGUGGUACGGCCUCCGUUGAGAACCUGCGUCAAGCUGGCAACGGACACGGCCGCAUGUACAUCGUUCCUCAUGCUGGACAUCACUUAUACCUGGACAAUCCGAAGGCCACUAACGAGUUGUUGAUCAAGGAACUAGACCGUCGUCAUGUUUAGAGGCUUUGUGAAUUCUAUCGAUGUUUUUCUAAUUCAUUCAAACAUCCAUUAAUAUGCAUACAUUCAAUAAUUCUAUUCCAGAAUUUCCCGUCACCGGGUGUAGGUCCUAGAUACAGUGUACAUUUUCACUGCACUUCCGCGUCCUCGAGGACAUAGACAGUUCUACAUGCAAAUGGCAAUAGUACAAUGGGUAUCUAUACUACAAAAGUGGCGGCCUAGUACUAUACAGAAGUUUUGAGAAGUAAAAGGAUCGCAAGAAUUGAACAUCUC